AUGUACCGGUGCCUAUCGUCAAUCUACAAUGAGGCAAAAUGUGCGGCGAUGAGAGUGAUAUUGAAAGAAGUGGGACACGUUAUCGCUGUGUGCGUGCCAGGAUUGGGAGGUGCGGCCGUACAACUCUGUGUGCAGGGACCGUACCCAGGUUUGGGAGGUGCGGCCAACUCUGUGUGCAGCGACCGUACAAACAGUGGCCAAUCACUAGAACCUCGGGACAAGCCUUGUGGGACACGUCAUCGCAUGCCUGCACGCCAGGACUGGGAGAUGCCAGGAUUGGGAGGUGCGGCCGUACAACUUUGUGUGCAGUUCGCCAGGAUUGGGAGGUGCGCCGUAUAA